AUGUAUAUGAGGUGUAUUAAUCUUUUAGGCUCUAAAUUAUAUUUCGAAGGUUGGCUUUAUAUAUAUAUAUAUACCUUAUGGUUGAUCUUAAAUGACUCACAACCCUUUCCACAAGAAGUUAUAAACCAAUACAUAGAAGAAAACUUCCAACCCCAAAAAAUGAUGAAGGGUGCCAAGUUUUCAUCUCUUCUUGUGCUUUUCUUUAUUUUUCCGAUCGCAUUUGCUCAACUGAGAGUCGGGUUUUAUAGUCAAUCAUGCCCUCAAGCCGAGACUAUCGUACGCAAUCUGGUGCGCCAACGGUUUGGUGUUACCCCAACCGUUACCGCCGCUUUGCUCCGUAUGCAUUUCCACGACUGUUUCGUUAAGGGCUGUGACGCUUCUCUCCUCAUUGAUUCAACCAAUUCCGAGAAAACUGCUGGACCAAACGGAAGCGUCAGGGAAUUUGACCUGAUAGACCGGAUCAAGGCUCAGCUAGAAGCUGCAUGCCCUUCCACAGUCUCAUGUGCUGACAUCGUCACAUUGGCCACACGUGACUCGGUGGCCUUAGCCGGAGGCCCAAGCUACAGCAUCCCCACGGGAAGGCGUGACGGUAGGGUCUCAAACAAUCUUGAUGUAACCUUACCGGGUCCAACGAUCUCCGUCUCUGGAGCCGUGAGUUUAUUCACGAACAAAGGGAUGAACACGUUCGAUGCAGUAGCUCUUUUGGGUGCACACACUGUUGGUCAAGGAAAUUGUGGUCUCUUUAGUGACAGAAUCACUAGCUUCCAAGGAACUGGACGACCGGACCCGUCCAUGGACCCCGCUUUGGUUACCAGCCUAAGGAACACAUGCAGAAAUAGCGCGACGGCGGCACUAGACCAGUCGAGUCCAUUGAGAUUCGACAACCAGUUCUUCAAGCAAAUCCGUAAAAGGAGAGGAGUGUUGCAAGUUGACCAACGCCUCGCAUCCGACCCACAGACUCGUGGGAUUGUGGCUCGGUAUGCUAAUAACAACGCCUUCUUCAAGCGUCAGUUCGUUAGAGCAAUGGUGAAGAUGGGAGCAGUUGAUGUGCUUACUGGUCGUAACGGUGAGAUCAGAAGGAACUGCAGGAGAUUCAACUAAUGAACUACAGAAGCGUGGAUAUAAUAUUACAUUUGAUACAAUAUAUUUCAAAUCUUCUUUAUAUUUUUACUAAUUCAUUUUUGGUUUUGGUUGGGGUUUUCUUGCAUAAAUAAGGCUUUUCUUAAAUUGGAUGGUUUCGAUUUUCGAGAAAGAUUACUAUAUAUUAUAUUGUUGGUCUGCAUUUGGUGGAUGUAUCUUAAGUUUACAAAUAAUUUGUGAUAUUGAAAUAUUGAUAUGUAUCUUUAUCAUGGUUAAUCAUAUAUAUAUAUAUAUGAAUAUUGUUUUUCAU